GUUCGUCCCUAAACGAAUAAUUAGUAAUAUUGAACCUAGUUGUGUAGAUUUCAAGAAGCAAGCAAAAAUCAAAGUCGAAGGCCCAAUCGCAAUGUACAACGGAGAGUGUAUACCUAUUAAGGACAUUAAGCCCGGCCUUAAAAAUAUCAAUGUAAUUUUUAUUGUCCUGGAAAUCGGAAACGCCACUGUAACGAAAGAAAACCGAGAAGUUAGAAACUUUAAAGUCGGCGACCAUACAGCCUGCAUUAAUGUUAGUAUAUGGGAUGAACCGGGAAAGCUUAUUACUCCUGGUGAUAUAAUCAAGUUGACGAAAGGCUACGCUUCAAUUUGGCGACAUUGUUUGACCCUAUACUCUGGCAAGAAUGGCGAAGUUUACAAAAUCGGCGAGUUUUGCAUGACAUUUAACGAGUCCAUUAAUAUGAGUGAACCGAAGCGUCCGGAACAACAAGUCGGCGCAGUUCCAGGAGGGCCAGUACCUCAAGUUGGUAUGGUUAUGACGCCAACGCAAAUGACACCAGGAACAUCUCCAAAUAUGGUGGUUACUCAGCCGCAACAAAUGCCGACGGGAGUUGUGGGAGCUAAUGGCAAUCGACCACAGGCGAUUGGCGUUAGCGGUGUUCAGGUAGUUACCAAGCCUGUGCAACCAGUGGUUGGUGCUACAGUGCCCGCUGCAAGUGUUGUUACUCCUACGCAAGCGCAAUCAAAAGCAACGAAUCGUGGCGCCCGUACAAAUGUAACACGGGCGAGUAACAUAAAAACUGCCGAAAGAAGAUGAAGUUCUGUAUAAAAUGUAGACACCGAAUAUAAAAGUUGAUAUUAGUUUAAGUAUAUAGAAAUAAAAUUGAGAUAAGUUUACACUAUACAUUCUAUCCAUCGACCAAUAAAAGUAUUGCAAAUGGAAAAUUAA